AAAAUUUGACAGUUGGCCUCAGGUCAACUUUAACCCAACUUUUUUGUUUACAAUAAUUGCCAUUAUUUAAAUUUUGAAAAAGUAUUAUAUAUAAAUAUUCUAGUUGAUUUUCAAGACAAUGACCCACCCGAAAUCUGCCGAAGCUCGUCAGCACCACCUUGACAAAAACCCUUUUGACGGGUUCCUUAUAGAUGACACUUCAAUACUGGAUGGUAUAGAGGGCAGACACCCUUGCCCCAGAUGUGCAAAAUCUAGGAAACUAUUUUGUUAUACCUGCUUUGUACCGAUUGAACCUUUAGAAGGGAAAUUGCCCAAUGUGCAGUUGCCUCUCAAAAUUGACAUAAUAAAACACAAAAGUGAAAUAGACGGUAAAAGCACUGCCUGUCAUGCAGCCCUUUUGGCCAACCGAGAUGUAAAAAUCUACACCUACCCGGACAUUCCUGACUAUUCAAAGGAACAAGUAGUUAUGAUCUUCCCUGGACAAAAUGCGAUCAGCGUUAGUCAAUUGGUGAAUUGCGACAGCUGGGAGAGCAUUACGGAGUACCAAAAUCAACCGUUAGACCGAGUUCCCGAGGGCUACAACAGGAGCACCUUAAUGCAAAACAUUCCUCUCACUAGACGAGAGAGCGGUUUGAUAAGAACAGGGAAAAACCUGCCAAUUACCAAGGCAGUAUUUAUAGACAGCACUUGGCACCAAUGCAAAAGUAUUUACAAAGACGAGAAAUUAAGGGCGAUACCUUCGGUGGUGAUCCAAAAUAGGGUGUCGCAGUUCUGGAGGCACCAAAGGGGUAGUCCGAGGUGGUACUUGGCCACCAUAGAAGCCAUUCAUCAAUUCGUACUCGAGGUUCAUUUACAUUGUUGGGGUUUGAGUCCCGGUUAUUUAGGUAUCAAAAACUGUUUUACUGAAAAUAGUGUUGGGCAAGUUGAGGGUUUGUUAAGUCAAGACGAAUCAGCUUAUAAUGGACAGUAUGAUAAUUUGUUGUAUUUUUUUAAGCAUAUGUACAAUGUGAUUCAUAGGUAUUAUGAUCAUGAUAAUUUAUAUGCUUAUAAAAGGAGGCUUAUGUAGGAA